AUGUUGUUCAAAGGUACUGACCUAGCGCUCCAGAAGCUCAGCAUGGUCCUUGUUGCAUCUUUUGUGUUUGUGGUGAUUCUGCUUCGUCCACAGAUCAAUGAGCACAUCCUCCCGCUGCGCCUUUGGAAAGACGGCCAUGAUUCCACAUCACGACCUAUCCCAUAUAAUCCAUACCCUGACUACAACAGUGCUGCGUGGAAGAGAAAGUGGAGAGGAUCCUACCAACAGUGUGUUGGCCCCGAUGGAGCGCUCUUGGAUCCUAAGAACGAAGACAUGGCCAUGAAAGGAUAUCGUUGGAAGCAGUCAGAAUUCCCAACACCAAUCUUCGGUUCGUACGAGGCGUGGCAUCUCGAUAGAGAUCUUUGUGUUGAUCUAUCGUCCCGUUAUGGUACAUAUGGCUAUGAAGUGAAAACACGGGAUGGUGUCGCAUCUCGAAUCUCAAGGAACUGGGAAGGCGUCAAUUGGGCCGAGUUGCAACGGGCCUGCCUUGGAAGUAACCGCGAAAGAUACAACAAGUCGAAUCCCGAGCCGAAGAAAUCCACAUUACACAAACAGCAGACCCAACAAGUGGAAUACAGGCACAAGAAACAUCGUCAUCGGAAGAGUCGUCUACCUCAAUUUCAUCUCAGAAAAGCUGUUAUUCUACGCUCAACCAUUGACAUGAAGUACACAACGAAUGACAUCCACAACAUCCGUGCUAUGGUCAUGGAACACUCUCUUCUUUCAGGUGCAGAGUAUGAGGUGAUUCUUCUAAUCGAUGCGAAGGACGAGAUAUUACCUGAACCGAUGGACAAUGUUGCUAUGGAUAGUUUCAAAGAGGAGUACCUCCCAAAAGAACUUCGAGGGCUUGCAGUAUUUUUCAACACCAAGCUUCUGGAGGACUGGUAUCCGACCAUCGACGUCCACGAGGCAAUGUAUCAAUACUUCCAACCGGUGCAAAUCUUCUCGCUGCUUUAUCAACAAUACGACUUUAUUUGGCAAUUUGAGAUGGAUGCCAGGUACACUGGACAUUUAUAUCAUCUACUAGAACAAGCGACGGCAUUCGCGAAACAACAACCCCGGAAACACCUCUGGGAGCGUAACUCUUACUUCUACAUCCCCAAGGUCCAUGGUACCUGGGAUGAGUUCAACAAGAUGGUAGAUCAAAGUAUGGUGGAUCGUCCAACUGUCUGGGGUCCAGUGCUAGCCAAGGGUCUAAAUGUUUCAAAGGAGGCACCGUUCCCAGCACCCACACCGACAGCGGAGAUAGACAGAUCGAGAUGGGGCGUUGGAGAGGAACCAGACGUGAUUACCUGGCUUCCACAGUUCAACCCGGCGAGCACGGGCUGGCCGAUGCGCGAUGUGAUCUACGAGUUCAUCGAAGGACAAAGCACUCCACGCCGGGCUUCCCCCGUUGCCAUGUCUCGACUUUUAGCGCGCGUGCUCCGUUUGAUGCACACCGAUCUUGUUGACAACGGCCUAGCUCUAGGUUCAGAGAUGUCUCCAACCUCCUGGGCUUUGUACUAUGGCCUGAAGUCAGUUCAGAUUCCCCAGCCCGUAUACCAUGCACAGGAAUGGGACCUUGAGGAACUGAACCGCCGUGCGAAUUCCGGUGAGCCCGGGGCUAUCAGUGUUCGGAGUGACAGUAUCUGGACAUGGAAUAUGCAUCACGAUAUUCUGAAAAAUAUGACCUACAUGUUCGAUUCGGAAUAUUCUGGGAGGCUCUACCGAGCCUGGUUGGGGGAUGGCAAUGUAGAGGAGACUAGUGACGAUGCGGCUUUGAAUGCUAUCGUUGACGAAAUAUUAGCUGUCAAAGAUAUUGACGACAAGUUGUUUGUGGAUACUACCACUGUGCAUCCGAAUACUACCAAGGAGACAGAUGAAAAACUAAAGAACCGAAAUGCAUCCUUCGUUGCUGCACCGGUCUUCGGAGCCACCCCGGCUGCUGAAAGUGGUACGGUGUUGAUGGCGAUGGCCGGCCCAAGCCCUGCCAUUGAUAAACUUGCACCUUUCGGAAAAGGUGUCAUUGCUCGGGAUGUGAUGAUUGUCUCGGAUCAGCCCGAGAAAGCCACGCUUCUUAAAACUUUGGGGAAUUUUCUCGUGGCAGGAACAAUGGAGAUCGUGGGAGAAGCUCAAGUGCUAGCAGAGAAAAGUGAUCUUGGCACAGGCAUGCUUGAAAAGUUGCUUGAGCUGAAUUUUGGAAGUUUGAUGCAUUCCAGCUCUAGGCGCAUGACGCAGGGGGUUUACCUGCCAGAGGAAGGUCAAUCCCCUUGGUCCAACCUGAAUCUCGGUAUCAAGGAUGUUCAGCAUGGCAUCAGUUGCGCCCAAAAUGUUGGUGCCAGAUUAAAAGUCGCCGAAGUAGCACUGGAAAAUAUGUCUCGGGCGAAGGACUUCUCGGAUGCGCAUGGCGGCCGGCCUUUGGAUUCAUCGUCUGGGUACGGUGUCAUACGUCAGGAUUCUGGGCUUGACUUUGAGAAUGCCUUUGUGAAGGAACGAGACACGAGAAAGGAAAAUGGUUCCUCCUAA